AUGACUGAUGUCCAAGAGCUAGAAAAGUGUACCAGAACGCCUCCAAAAAAGGCUGAGAGUCAGAGACCAAGUAAUUUUCUUAGUAAACAAGUGCAGACUCUUGAGGCCACUGAGAGAAUUUGGAGACAUUUCCACUACAUCCGCACCUUAAUCCCAGCCAGCCCGCCACGAGGUUUAAGGAGCUCAGUACUUGGAAAAGCGAGUCGGGAGGAAAACGCCCAGCCAGGCCCGGCCUCUCCGUGUGGGCGCGGGCAGCCGUGCUCGGGCGUCUCCCAACCACGUCUCUCCUCCUCCCCAGGAGUCAUCGGACUGGUGGCCUUGUACCUGGUGUUCGGUUAUGGAGCAUCGCUCCUCUGCAACCUGAUAGGAUUUGGCUACCCAGCCUACGUCUCAAUGAAAGCCAUUGAGAGUCCCAAUAAGGAUGAUGAUACCCAGUGGCUGACCUACUGGGUAGUAUAUGGCGUGUUCAGCAUUGCUGAAUUCUUCUCUGAUCUCUUCCUCUCCUGGUUCCCCUUCUACUACAUGCUAAAGUGUGGCUUCCUGUUGUGGUGCAUGGCCCCGAGCCCUUCUAAUGGGGCAGAACUGCUCUACAGGCGCAUCAUUCGUCCUUUCUUCCUGAAGCACCAGUCCCAGGUAGACAGUGUGGUGCAGGACCUGAAAGACAAAGCCAAAGAGACUGCAGAUGCCAUUACUAAAGAAGAACUGCUCUACAGGCGCAUCAUUCGUCCUUUCUUCCUGAAGCACCAGUCCCAGGUAGACAGUGUGGUGCAGGACCUGAAAGACAAAGCCAAAGAGACUGCAGAUGCCAUUACUAAAGAAGCUACAUUCAUCUACAGAUUAGCUACUGAGAAAGUGGAAAGUUGUGUCAAGUUUAUGAUUUUAGGCAAAUUACUGUUUGAUGAUGAUACUUAA